AUGCCGUCGAGUGAGUUAUUGCCGGAGCCCAUGGUGGUGGUAUGCGGCCCUUCAGGGGUUGGGAAAUCCGCCUUGGUCCAGCGCUAUUUGUUUGGGGUGUUCCCUCCAGAGUUUGACCCAUUGCAUGGGGCUGGCGACAGGAAACGCGUGGAGGUUGACGGAGAGCCAUGUUUACUGGAAAUUCACCGGUCAAAUCGCAUGGAGAGUGUGGCGACGACGGAGAUGUUUAUCAGAAAGGCCGAUAUGUUCCUGCUGGUGUAUCGUAUAGGCUCUCGCGAGUCCUUCGACGAGAUGAAAGAACGGCAUCAGCUCAUCCUAGGACGCAGGGAGGACAAAGUGCCCAUCAUUCUCGUAGGCAACAAAUGCGACCUGAGUUCGAACAUGAGGGCUGUGUCUCAUGAAGAGGGUGCAGAUCUGGCCCGGGAGUUGGGUUGCGGAUUUGUCGAGACUUCCGCGAAAGAUAACGUGAACGUGGAACAGACGUUCACUGAUUUGAUUAGAGCGCACCGAAGGACAGAGCAAGCGAAGAAGCUGGCUGCAACGGAUGAGUCCCCCACUAAGGAUGUCCAGGAAACAGAAGGAGGUAGUUUCAAAGAUCGCAUAUUGGCUUUCUUCAGAAGGAUAACACGAAAGAAAAGCGCUUGA